AUGGAGAGCAUUGUGUGCGAAGUGGCACAGAAAACUGUCCUUACCAUCGUUGACGAGUUCAUAUCUCUAGGCGAGGACUCUCCUCUCGACCGUACCGCUGAGAUUCUACAAAUCGCGUUGCUGUCGUGCGAAGCGAAAAGAGCAGCUGCCAAAGGUUUCAGCAGUGCCCGGGUCUUGUCAGGCUCUUCCAAAGGAGGCGGUGUGAUAGUAAACGGGCGAGUUCUGGAGGAUGGUAGGACGACAACCGCCGAUGUGGGCUCUAUCUGCGCGUCAAGGAGCAGCUCUGGUGGCCAAACGUCGGGAGGGACACGCCGUGGACAGUCAGGACCGGUACUUGGUGGUGGGCUGCAUUUCGCCGCACCCCGCGUGCUGGUGCCACCUGAGAACUUGAAAAAUCCCUCGUCAUUCUUGAAAAUAUACGGGGACCCCCUCUGUUUCGCAGGAUCGCGUGGCUUGGUUGCCGGUUGUCGAGGGAACUGGAAAUGCACCAAAUGCGGUACGGUAAACUUCCCUCGGCGAUUCCGUUGUAAGCAGUGCGACGCAGAAAGGGAUGAAGAAGGCCACCGUAUCGUGCUUGAGUAUGCGAAGAGCGUUUAUCAGCAGUAUCUGGCAGAAGGUUUUUGGCCAGUUAAUCGUGGCGACAAUGACGCGCCUCCCGCGAUGACUCUCUACGCAAGCCCGCGGGCGUGCCGUCGCCUCAAGAACACGGCUGGGGGAGAGCCUCACAGGUGGCGCUGGAGACGCCGUGGAGCAGGCGGCGCUUGUAGCAAAAGCCAAAAUGGCGGAAGCGGGUCUGCUGCGGCCGGGACUCCAGCGAGGACUUCCAGAAGUGAUCAAGACAACUCUAACUGUAGAGACGAAGAGAUAAUCUUAGCACCGCGCGACGGUGGAGGUAACAGAUUGGAAAGCCGCAGAGACGUGCAUGUAGGGGGCGAAGGAGAACGAAUGCUUGCCCGUGGAGACAGCAUCCAAUCUCAGCGGCGAUAA